AUGAAUUUGUCUGGUUCUGAUGGUCUCAAGCAAAUGUGGUGGCAACGAGAUGUCACUGUAGAAGAUCUUCACCAUGAGAAGCACGAUCCCCUCCACGUUAAGCAGGAAGAGGACUCUGAGAUACCGUACAUAAAGCAGGAGGCAGUGCCAGAGACCCCCGACAUGAAAGAAGAAGACCAGGAAGUUGAAAUCCCCAAGUUUCCAAUGGGUGUCGUUGUGAAGAGCGAAGAAGACGAAGGACCAAGCGAAGAGAGCGGAGCAGCGGACCCUUUGAGCGACAGCUCAUUUCAGCACGGAGAGAAGCCUUUCGCUUGCACACUUUGUGGUAAAAGAUUCACUCAAAAGGUUCAUUUAAACAUUCACACAAGAACACAUACUGGAGAGAAGCCUUUUGCCUGCACACUUUGUGGUAAAAGAUUCAUCGAGAAGGGACGUUUAAACAGACAUACCAGAAACCACACUGGAGAGAAGCCUUUUGCCUGCACACUUUGUGGUAAAAGAUUCACUCAGAAGGCAGAUUUAGAAAGGCAUAAGCAUACACACACUGGAGAAAAGCCUUUUAUAUGCUCACAUUGUGGUAAAAGAUUCAUUGAGAAGACUGAUUUAGAAAGGCAUCAGCGUACACACACUGGAGAAAAGCCUUUUGCCUGCACAUCUUGCGGUAAAAGAUUCUUUGAUAAGAGAGGUUUAAACAGACACACAAACAGACACACUGGAGAGAAGCCUUUCGCCUGCACACUUUGUGGUAAAAGAUUCACUCAAAAGGCUCAUUUACAAAGACAUAAGCGGACACACACCGAAGAGAAACCUUUUGCCUGCACACUUUGCGGUAAAAGAUUCACCGAGAAGGGAGUUUUAAACAAACACGAAAGCAAGCACACUGGAGAGAAGCCUAAUGCCUGCACACUUUGUGAUAAAAAGUUCUUCACGAAGGCAAAUUUAAACAUUCACAAAAGAACACACACUGGAGAGAAGCCUUUCGCCUGCACACUUUGCGAUAAAAGAUUCCCUCAGAAGUCGGAUUUAGAAAGGCAUAAGCGUACACACACUGGAGAAAAGCCUUUUAUCUGCUCACCCUGUGGUAAAAGAUUCACUAGUAAGACGGAUUUAGAAAGGCAUAAGCACACACACACUGGAGAAAAGCCUUUUGCAUGCUCACUUUGUGGUAAACGAUUCGCUCAGAAAGGAAAUUCAGUAAAGCACGCAAGAAACCACACUGAGUAA